AUGGAGGACAGCGCGCCGCCAGAGAGCGAGACCCGGCGAUUUUCUGGGGCGCAAGCCGGAACCUCCAGUGCCGUCGUAACCCACGCCACCGCCAACACCAAAAGCGCCGUCGCCACCACAACGAUCUCAACAACCGUCAAGCGGUUUGUAAGGCAGCAGGUACCCGACGACAUCCUGAACAACGACCAACUGAAUGAGGCCAUCGGGGUAUUGCCCGCCAAUUACAAUUUCGAGAUCCACAAAACGGUUUGGCGGUUGCGUCAGGCGGGUGCUCGUACAGUGGCGCUGCAGUUCCCGGAGGGUCUGCAAAUGUACGCGUGUGCCAUUGCGGAUAUCUUGGAAACAUUUGCAGGGGUGGAGCACUCGCUGGUCAUGGGGGAUGUGACGUACGGCGCCUGCUGCAUCGACGACUUCUCCGCAGCGGCUCUGGGCGCCGACUUCCUGGUGCACUACGGCCACUCGUGCCUGGUGCCCGUGGAUGUGACGUGUCUGCCGUGUCUGUAUGUGUUUGUGGACAUUGCCGUGGACGUGGACCACCUGGUGGAAACCGUGAAGCUCAACUUCCUGAACAACAAGGGGAAGGAGGAGGAGGAGGAGGAGAGGAGGGAGGAGAGGAGGGAGGAGAGGAGGGAGACACGGCUCGUACUGGCAGGAACCAUCCAAUUUGCAUCAGCCGUGCAGCUGGCACGGCAGCGUCUCGCGCCGUACUUUCCAUCACUCGCCGUACCCAAGUGCAAGCCGCUGUCGCCUGGGGAGGUCCUGGGGUGUACGGCACCUGUGGUGGAUCCGAAUUCUGCAGACGUCAUAGUCUUCGUGUCCGACGGGAGGUUUCAUUUAGAAGCCAUCAUGAUUGCCAACCCCACGAUACCCGCCUAUCGGUACGAUCCGUACGGCAGAGUUUUCACGAGGGAACGGUACGACCAUGCAGCUUCUGAAGGGGUGUCUCCCCCCCGACUAGCCAUGCUGCCGGAUGUUGACGCAUUCGUUCAGAUUGCCUGCCCGCGUCUGUCCAUAGACUGGGGUGAGGGGUUCUCCCGACCCACGCUGACGCCGUACGAGGCCGUCGUGGCGCUGGGGGUGGUGCCGGGGUGGUGGGAGGCGGCGGCAGCGGCGCCGCUGCGCGAGCAGCAGCAGGGCGAGGGCCGAGGCGGCCGCGCCAACGACCCGGCUGACGCUGACACGUUGGCGUUCGCGCCCUACCCUAUGGACUAUUACGCCAAGGACGGCGGUAUAUGGAACAGCUCCUACCAUAAGAAGAAAUGA